UUUUAAACCCACUCAUGGGGCCUACGCGUUAAUAUUUAAAAAUCGGUUACAAAAAUUCUUAGAAGGUUCCUCCAGCUCGCUACUGCUCGAAAGAGCUACAUUGAAAAAGGAAAAUAAAAACCUAAGAGCUGGUGGAUCCUUUUUCUACGAUUACAAAAAUAACAAAAAAUAAAGCUAGGGCUGUGAGGCAACAGCACCCAAAAAAGGAAGAGAAUGGUAUGACCUAUCAGCUCUGUCUUCCUGCAAAAGGUAAGAAAGCAACCCAAAAACGCAAAAGAGAUUACCUUGUAGACAUAGCAUCUAAAAUCCGAAGAUUGAUAAAAAUCCUGCAAGGAAAUCUCCAAAAAAAGAUAUAAGGCAGAAAACAGUUAAUCCAAGCUAAGGAAACUGAUUCUUCACCAAAAUACCAACACAGAGUGUAAGCAUAUGAACUGAAAGAAAAGUAAAUACAAUAAACUCCAGAAUCAACCUAUUGAUACAAAAACACCAAAGAUAAAACCACCUCCUGAAAUCACUAGAAAUAGAUUUAAAAUGAUCCAUACAUGAAGAAGAGCAGUAGUUCGUAACUAAUGUGUGGCAACAACAACAACAGACCCAGAAAAGAUAAAAAUUACUGCGGAAGAACUGAGCAGUGUCAAUGAAAAACACAGAACUAACAAUGACAUAGUGAGAAAUAUAAGCAGUAACAGAGAAGCAAAAACCCGCUAAAGAACUUAGCCAACCAACAGAGAUGAAGAAAGCAAAGUUGUAAGAAAUAGAAGAAGAGUCCAGCAUGUAGUAAUAAUAACAGGAAAGAAGCAAGUUGCACGAAAAGGUGCAGUCGAUCAGCAUAAGGCAAAGAAAUAGCACAAACCACCCAGGACUAAGAGCAAAGGAGCUAAACAUGUCGAACAUAAGAUAAACCAGAUUUAUCGAAACGGAUCAUACCUUGUAACUGCGGAUGCAGACAAGUAGUGUCUAAUUCCUCAUAAUUAUGGAUAAUGCAACCUCUUUUAGCUAACCAAUCCGCACAAACAUUAGCCUCACGAUAAAUAUGAGAGAUAUAAUAAGUGAAGGUGGCAAGAGAUUGCUUAAUUUGCCUAAUGAGGUAAAACAAAUUCGGAUUGGCAGGGAUGAGAUUAUUAAUAAUUUGAAUAAGCAACAAAGCAUCCACCUCAAUCCAGAUAAAAUUAAAACCCAAAUUGGCACAAAUAUUCAUACCGUAUAAGAGCGCAUUGAGCUCAGCAUAUAUAGCAGAAGAAGUAAGAAUGGGGGCAGAGUAAGCAGCAAUCACAUUACCAAGAUAAUCUCUAAUAAUCCCACCUGCACCAGCACCAUUGGGACCAACAGUCCCAUCAGAAUGAAGUUUUAUUUUCUUAGUUCUAAAAUAUAAAAUAUAUAUUACAAUUAGUUGAUAGCAUGCAUGCAAGGCAUCAAUAAAUAUAGAACCUUAAGCUCAUUUUGUGUAAACUAUCCAGAAAUAAGAAAUGUAGUUUAAAAAAGCCAAAUCGAGAGAUUAAAAAAGCCAAAUUUGAGCAUGUUGCUCUUCAAGUCUUUAUUUAUUUUUUUUUAAUUAAGUUAGUCAAACUUAAUAAUUUAAGUAGAUUAUGUUAUCCUGGUUGGUGAUAAUAAUUGUGUUGAAUUUAGUUGUGCUUGGAUAAACAUUUGUAUAGUUGUUAAUCUAGCCAUGUUGGUGAUCUGUUAUUGCUCUUUAUAGAUUAAUUCAUUGGAUAUGAAACUAUCCUCUAUGGAGGAUUCAUUAAUUUUACAUUGGAGGCUCAUCAAUAAAGGUGCUGUGUAUAUAUAUAUAUAUAUAUAUAUAUAGGAAAAUGAAUUUUUUAAAUCAUAUUUUAAUUCUUUGAAUACAUUAUAGAAUGUCGAUCAAGGAGUGGGAGGAAUAAUCUAAUGACUGAAGACACAUUUGCUGGCUCCAACGCAGUCCCCUCUCCCUCCCAGCCGGCGACGCCGGGACCUAUUGGGAGAUCAGUGAUUCCAAUCGUGAACAAGCUGCAGGACAUCUUUGCGCAGCUGGGGAGCUCGUCGACAAUCGACCUACCGCAGGUGGCGGUGGUUGGGAGCCACAGCAGUGGAAAGUCGAGCGUAUUGGAGGCGCUGGUAGGCCGCGAUUUCUUGCCGCGUGGCUCCGAUAUUUGCACACGACGCCCGCUGGUGCUGAAACUCGUUCAUUUCACCCGAAAGCAAGAUGCGUCUGCUGGAGACAUGGAGGAGUGGGGCGAGUUCUUGCACAUUCCAGGCAAUAGGUUCUACGACUUCUCGGAGAUCCGGCGUGAGAUUCUGGCUGAAACAGACCGUGAAGCUGGGGGAAAUAAAGGAGUUUCGGACAAGCAAAUUCAUUUAAUAAUUUUUUCGCCUAAUGUUCUCAAUAUUAUUCUGGUUGAUUUACCCGGAAUAACGAAGGUUCCAGUUGGUGAUCAACCAAAUGACAUUGAGGCUAGAAUCAGAACAAUAAUAUUAUCAUACAUCAAGCAUGAAACUUGUAUAAUAUUGGCAGUUUCACCGGCAAAUGCAGAUUUAUCAAACUCUGAUGCACUUCAAAUGGCGAGGAUUGUUGACCCAGAUGGUUCGCGAACAAUUGGUGUCAUCACAAAGCUAGAUAUAAUGGACAAAUGUACUGAUGCACGAAAUUUUCUGCUGGGAAAUGUGAUUCCACUUCGACUUGGCUAUGUUGGUGUGGUUAACCGUAGUCAACAGGAUAUCAAUCUAAAUCGAAGCAUAAAAGAUGCAUUGGCUAAUGAAGAGACGUUCUUUCGACGUCAGCCUGUAUAUCAUGGGCUCUCUCAUUGUUGUGGAAUUCCUAAAUUAGCUAAGAAAUUGAAUCAGAUUUUGGUGCAACAUAUCAGGGCAGUUCUUCCGGGAUUGAAGUCUCGCAUAAAUUCCCAGUUGGUGGCUGUUGCAAAAGAGCAUGCUGCCUAUGGGGAUGUUGUAGAAUCAAAGGCUGGACAGGGUGAGAAACUUUUGAACAUUCUUACGAAAUACUGUGAAGCUUUUACUUCAAUGAUUGAGGGAAAAAAUGAGGAAUUAUCAACAGCUGAGCUUUCUGGUGGGGCACGAAUUCAUUAUAUUUUCCAGUCAAUUUUUGUGAAGAGUUUAGAGGAAGUUGAUCCUUGUGAAGAUGUCAGUGAUGAGGACAUUCGCAUGGCUAUUCAAAAUGCCACUGGUCCGAAAAGUGCUUUGUUUGCACCUGAGGUUCCAUUUGAAGUUCUUGUAAGAAGGCAGAUUGGUCGUUUACUAGAUCCAAGCUUCCAGUGUGCCAAAUUCAUCUAUGAUGAAUUGAUUAAGAUGAGCCAUCACAGCCUAGCUAAUGAGCUUCAUCGAUGUCCUGUUCUGCGGAAGUGCAUGGAUUGUUGAAACUUAAAAGAAGAAGAUUGCAGAAAAGAGAAUGAAGAAGAAUCUUUCUUGUUCUACCGUAACAGAGAAAGCUUAUUGUAUAUUUUCAUAUAUGUGAUUAUAGAGUGAAACGACUAUAUAUAGAUAGAAAUAAAUACAGGUGCCUACGUGUAAUAUUCCUAUUGGAUUACGAUAAUAUAUAUUUGUUAUUGAUGUACUGAUAUCCCCCCGCAAGCUAACGGAUCUUGUUGGAUUGUUAGUUUGUCCCGAAGCAGUUUGAAUCGUGCCGUGGAUAGAGGCUUUGUUAGGAUAUCUGCAAUUUGAUCGACGGUGCUAAUCAGGAAGAGUCUAAUGUUGUGAUUUUGAAUGUUGUCACGAAUAAAUCUCUGAUCGAUUUCAAUGUGCUUGGUUCUGGCGUGAAACACCGGGUUGUGGGCAAGCGCUAUGACUGAAGUAUUAUCACAGUGUAGCUGCGUUGGCUCCGAUAGCACUAUGUCGAAAUCUGACAAUAGCCGCUGUAGCCAGAGAAUGUCAGCUGUGGCGGCUGCGAGCGCCCGAUAUUCGGACUCAGUCGAGGAUCGCGAUACCGUUUUCUGUUUCUUCACCGUCCAGGAGAGCAAGUUGUCACCGAGAAACGUACAAUAUCCUGAAGUGGAUUUGCGAGUGAUCGGGUCUCCCGCCCAGUCCGCAUCAGAGAACGUCUGAAGGUGAAGACUGGAUUUUGUGAUGGGUAGACCAAAUGUUAUGGUUCCCUUGAUGUACCGGAGUAGCCGUUUGAGGAGAUAGUAAUGCUGAGAUUCGGGAUUGUGCAUAUGCUGAGAAAGAAUAUUGACUGUGUAGGCAACGUCAGGGCGACUUAUCGUCAUGUACUGUAGUGCGCCGGUGAUUCUGCGGUAGACGUUCUGGACCGACAGUUCCUUGUCCUACGGCAUUUGAGAAGGAAAUUUGGUACAGGAUGGGUUUGCUAAUGGAUUGCAAUGUAGAAGUUGAACUUGUUGAAGAAUAGACUGAGCAUAAGAAGAUUGAGAGAGAAAAUACUUAGCUGGUUCGGUGGUUAUGUUGAUGCCCAGGAAGUGUUUUGCCGGUCCUAAAUUUUUCAUAUUGAAUCUGGAAUAAAGAUUGCAUAUCAGAUUGGCUAUGGCACUUUCUUGGUUCCCUGUGAUAAGUAUAUCGUCGACGUAUACUAGCAAGUAAAUUUUAAUUUUGUCUUGAACGAAGGUGAGGAGUGAAGGAUCUGCUCGACUGUGACGGAACCCGAUGCUGAGAAGAUGAUCGGUGAAAGUGGUGUACCAUUACCUCGGUGACUGUUUGAGGCCGUAAAUUUCUUUGCGAAGACAGCAUACGUAAUGUGGAUUGAUUUUAUCUUCAAAUCCAGUUGGUUGCUGCAUAAACACGGUUUCAUUUAAUGUGCCGUGUAGAAACGCAUUAGCCACGUCCAAUUGCUGAAUCUGUCAGCCAUUGUGGAGUGCAACAGUGAACAUUAGACGGAUGGUGGGUAGCUUCGCGACCGGGCUAAAGGUUUCUUCAUAGUCCAGACCGUGUUCUUGACGAUUUCCCUGAGCGACCAGUCUUGCCUUGAAUCUUGCUAUUGUGCCAUCAGCAUUAUAUUUCUUGCGGAAUGUCCAUUUACAUCCCAGAAUAGAGGCAGCUGGAGGUGGUGGAAGUAGAUCCCAUGUGCCCUGUUUUUGUAGAGCUAGAAACUCGUCCGCCAUAGCCUAUCUCCAUUCUUGACAUUUACUGGCUUCAGAGAAAUUUUGUGGUUCUGGCAAAUCGUGAGCCGAUGUUGUUGAAUUAAAUAGAUUUAGUUUGCAUAUUGGUUUAAGUGAUCCAGUUUGCCUUCUGGUAACCAUAUGGUGAUGAGGUAGCUGAACCGAGUCAGAUGUUGUUGAGACCGUUAGAGGUUCUGACUGAUGACUGGAGUUGUCCGUUGAUCUAGGCUGCGAUGGAUAAUUGGACGUGGUAUCGUGAUUUGAGGUUGGUCUGAGUUGUUGUGAAGGAGGUAGAUCCUGAUGAAUCACUGAUGUAGGUAAUAGCAUAUAAGCGGGUAUAUCCUGAGGUGUAGUAGUGCAGACAUAAUUAGUUUGAUGAAAGGGAAACGAAUUUUCUAUAAAUUUAACAUGACGGGAAACAGUAAUUCGAUUUGUGUCUUUAUGAAGGCAUUUGUAUCCUUUUUGAUUAACUGCAUAUCCAAGGAAUAUGCAGGAAGUCGAAUUCGGAUGAAGUUUGGACCGGGAAUGUUGAGGAAGCAAAGGGAAGCAUUCACACCCAAAUGUCCUGAAAGAAGAAUAGUCAGGUUUAGUAUUAAACAUGAGUGUAAUGGGAGCUUGAUUGGCAGUGUUAGGGGACGGGAGACAGUUAAUAAGGUAGACUGCUGUUGUCACGGCGUCUGGCCAAAACAAAUGAGGAACCGAUGCCGUCUGGAGAAGAGUUCUCGCCGUGUCUAAAAUAUGCCGAUGCUUGCGUUCAGCAACUCCGUUUUGCUCAGGUGUGUACGAGCAAGAUGUUUGAUGCUGGAUACCGUUGGCUUGGAGAUGAUGUUGAAAUGUGCUAUUGACAAACUCCCCUCCUCCAACGAUUCUGAAGGCUUUGAUUUUGCGACCUAUCUGUCUUUCAAUAAAUGUAAUAAAAUUAAUAAACAUUUUUGCGACAUCAGAUUUAUUUAUUAGAGGAAACAACCAGCAAAAUCUUGAGUAAUCAUCUACACAUAGAAGAUAAUAUCAAAAAUGUUGGUGCGAGAUAACGGGGGAGGGACCCCAUACAUCGGAAUGAAUGAAAUCUAAAGGCUUAAGAGACCGGUAUACAGAAUUGUCAAAUGACAACUUAUGACUCUUACAGACGUUAAACGGAAUACAUGGAUUGUAACUUCUUGGUAUAUGCAGCGACGGGUUGGCUGAGGCGAUUAGCUGGAGAACUCUGUUGUGCGGAUGUCCUAAUCUAGUAUGCCAGUUUAUUGAUUGCAUUUGCGAAGCAGACAUUGCCUUAAGCUGGGAAGAAGCUUUCUUGACAGUUAGCGGAUACAACCCUUUCCUACAGGGUCCUUGAAGGAUGACCUUGUGAGUCUGUAAAUCCUUGAAAAUAAAGCCAUCAGGAAAAAACGUAAUUGAUAUUUGAUUAGCGGCAACUAAAUUUGACAUAGACAAGAGAUUGUGAGAAAUAGAUGGGAUAUGUAGUAAAUUAGAUAAAAACAACUUACGAUCUGGGGUUGGAAGGAUACCAGUUCCCGAAUGAGCAAUCGGUAUGGUUCUCCCGUCCCCAACGGAUACGUGGUCAGAGCCGGUGUACACGGAGGCUUGAUCAAGAUUCUCAGAGCUGUUCUUCAUGUGUGUCGACGCCCCGGAAUCUAGAUACCAGUCAUUAGAUGAGGUAUCUGUUGUAGCCAUAAGUGCAUUGGCAUUUUCAGACGACUGUUUUGGAGUGAUGUAAUUUGCGUUGUGACGAUGCCAGCAUAUGUCGGCUGUGUGACCUCUUUUAGUACAUAUUUGACAUUGGAGAGAAGAUCUUGGAGUUGUUUUGUUAGUCGCGCUGGUUGGCUGAUUGCUGCGACCCCUGCCACGACGGCUUCGCACCCUGUUAGCAUAUAGCGCAGUAUUGUUGUCCGGGUGGAUGUCAAGAAGCUGGAGAUCAGCUUGAAUGUGUAUCUCUUCGCUAAUUAAGAGGGCCUAUAAGUUCUCCAAUGUCAUAUUGGACUGCAUUGUUCGAAUUGUCGUUUUGAACGACUAAUAGGCCGAAGAUAAUCCGUUUAGGAUAUAGAGAAUGAUAUCUUCGGUAUCAAUGGUAGCCCCGGCCGAUGCGAUAUUAUCUACCAGCUUCUUGAUUUCAGACAAGUAGGUUUGCAUUGACUGAUUCUUCAUGGAAAUAUUAUGUAACUCAUUUUUGAGUUGAAUCACUUUUGAACGGCAAGAAGAUUGAAACCGUGCUUGAAGCGCAUGCCAGAUUUCAUGUGUCGCUUCAAGAUGCAUCACAUAAGGUAAGAUUGGGGCUGAGAUGGUUGAACAGAGCGCUGCCGCCAGGUUUUGGUCGGUAAUGAGCCAACUGUUGAUGUCGUCAGAGCCAGAUUCUUGAUUUCUUGAAGAUCUGGCAUCAGAGGACGGAGGAUCCAAGAACUUGACAAAGCCAUUUGCCUUGAAAACUUUGAGAAUUUGAUUUCUCCAAAUGGGAUACGUUUCCAGCGAAAGUUGAUGCAGAACUAAUGUUUUGAGAUUGGAAACAAUAAAUUUGAGCGAGGGAUAUAUCUGAGAGGAAUCAGUAAUGGCACCUGUGCUGCCGGAGACGGCGGAGGAUGCAGAAGCAGUGGAGGCCAUGGGUUGAUGUCCAGAAACUCAACCCGCUUUUGAUACCAUGUUGAAACUUAGAAGAAGAAGAUUGCAAAAAAGAGAAUGAAGAAGAAUCUUUCUUGUUCUACCGUAACAGAGAAAGGUUAUUGUAUAUUUUCAUAUAUGUGAUUACAGAGUGAAACGACUAUAUAUAGACAGAAAUAAAUA